AUUUUGGAAUAAAACAAGAUUCAGUUUUAACAAAAGUUUAUUCGUAAAUCAACCGAUCAGCUGUUAAAAACGAUUUUGCUAAAAUGUAUUUUAUUAGUUUUACUGUUUGUUUGCUAUUCGCACAUGUGGCUGUAGGUAAACCAGCUGUUCAGCAUGAUGAUCAUUUUAAAGAUUUCGAUUUAUGCAAACUUAAGACGAUCUACACUACUUUGGCACCCAAUGAAAAGGAUCACACUCUAGCACCCACUGUACAGUUGAUGAAAUUAAUUGUAUUUGACCUACAGGAUCUGGCCCUUACCUAUGCAAGGAAUGCUAAGGAUAUAAGUGAUCAGCUGAUUAAAGAAUCUCUCUUCAGCAGCAACCAAUCGCUUGAGGUACAAAAAUUUAAACAUGAAAUUGAAGAAUUUCAAAAGAAAUACAACUCUUGCGCUGACAUGAAUGAAUUAUUUGACAUUGUGGAUAUAUACUCAAAUACCACUUCUGAAUAUUAUGAAAUGGAAGCAAAUGGUACCCUAAGUGCUGAUGGGAAACUCAUUCAGAAUGUUCUGAAAAAAUACAGUCCCAAAGAUAUGGACGAAGAAUUUGAAGAGAAAUUCCUUAAUACCUUUGCUGUUAAUUUCUCGCGUAAAAUCGAAGAGCUUAAAGGAAAGCUGGAAGCUGAGGAAGGUGGUAUGGGUGAAAAAAUAUUGCAGUGGUGGGCCAAGGUUAAGACAUUAAAUACAGUCGAAGAAAAAAUGAAUGCCUUUAAGGAAUAUAUGAAAUUGUAUGGUUUUGAAGAUGAGUAAAUUUUAGUUGAGCCAACAGAUUUUGUUGUAGUUAGAUUUAGUUGUUAUAAAUAAUAAACUUGUACGACCAUAUAAUACCCUA